GGACAGACAGAAAACACAGGGAAGGGGGGAACAAAAGAACACAAGGUAGUGGGGAGAUUCUGUAGUACCACAACAAAUCCAAAAAGAAACAAACAUCUUUGCUGUCUUAGUUGGCUUCCAGCUACUCUUUAGAGGACAGCCUACAGCUGCUGGGUCUGGAAGAUAAUUUAGAGGAAGGAACCUCAGAUCCCAUCAUAACCAGAGGUGCUUACCUGUCUCUGACAUUCCUGCGUCAUCUCAAACUCAGACAGCUCCAGCGCAUCUCUCUUGGGAUGCUGAACUACCUGCGCUCUGUGGAGAGGACUUUGACCUUUGACCUGGCCGGUCUGAAGCUGGAGGAAGGAGAGCUGUGCAGCACAGCAGAGGAAACAGGCUGGAUGAAUGCAGCCAGAGGGGGAAGUGGAGAGACAGAAGGUCUCGGCUCGUUCCAGUGCAGCCACAACACUCCUGUUGACUAUAAGGUCCACUGCUCAGAGUUCAUGGAAUUUACAGAGGUGGAGAAUCUUCAUGAUUUCUACAGCGCAGAGGAGAAGUUUGUCCACACUCAGGACCAGAGAGGUUUUUACAUCGUGUACGACGCUGCUCUGAAGGACCUGCAGGAGCUGGAGAACGAGCUUCUUCUAGUCGGCUCACACUUUAUCCAGAGAAACAGGGUUAAGAAAAUGGGAAACGCAGAGGGAGCCACCACCUCGACAGCAGACAUCCACUCCUGGGCCGGAACAGAUGUUGACCGUGUUGCACUGCUUCUUGACCUGUGGACAUGUGAGAUGGAGUUUUUGGAAAGCAAAGUGCAGCUCUUGAACUGUUAUUACGAGGCCUACCAGCAUGCAGCAGGGACGGAGGAGAGGUUUGCGUUGGCUCGAGUUAUUACUGACAUCAUGCACAGUAGGCCACAACUGAACCUGAACCAGGAUUACUUUGUUCAGGCCUACAGAGCUGAGAUAGGCUGCCUGCGAAGCCACCAGCAGCUGAUCAGACAUAUUUUGGACAAUCAGAUUGAAAGACAGCGGCAGUACCUCCAACGCAUCUGGAGAGAUGACCACAAAGGCUCCGUCUGUGACUAUGGCCUUCCACCAAAAUACGUUCCCAAACAUCUGGUCUCACUUGGAGGCAGCAGCUCUGCGCUGAUGAAUGUGUUCCUUCUGGAGGUUCAUCCAUCCCUCUGCCUGGCUUCUGCCGUCUAUCACAGUUUAGUUCAGGCUCACACGGAGCUCUGUCAGCUGCACCGAGCCACGAGCGUCACUCACAAACUUGCCCUGCGACAGAAGCUCCUACAGCGGGCUCUGCAGAGCUGGAGGCACCUAGCUUCACCCGGGGCCUCCUACAGCUCUCAGAUACAGAAGGAUUUGUUCUCAGAUGUGUUUUUUGAGGACCCGAUUUUGGUCCAAAAAGUGGGACUGUUGUUAAUAAGAUCUGCAGAGGAGAAUGACAUAACGCAGGGAAGAGAGAGAAAGGUGUAUGCUGUGGAAACUUUCUCCAAGCUGCUGGAGCUCAUUACCAUCCGCCAUCGUCUGCUGGAGUCGGCGUCAGAGACUGCACAUUUGGCACAGUUGUACAGAAACGUGGCUUCAGAGCUCGGCUUCGAUGACUUCCACCUUUACCUGAGGCCUGUGCAGUUUGAGGUUGCUGAACAUAAUGACAAAGCUGAGCAGAGGCCUGUUUUUAUCACAGCAAUACUGGAAGAUGACAGCUCUGUGGACAGGUUCAUACCGUCCCACCUGCCUCUGAGCAUCCAGGAGCUGGAUGAGAACCAGAUCGGGAGGUUCAGCUUCAGCUCAGAGGAGGCUGUUGUUCAUCUUAUGAACAGACAGAGUAUAGAAAACCUGCAGGUGACUCUGGCCUGUCAGGUGACACAGAAGAACGCUUUGUUAAGUGCUGUGAAACUGGUUUGUCUUUGUCACUGGGCAGAGAGUGUGACGUCUUCAGCUGAGAGUGAAGUAGCCCUUCCUUCUGAUAAAGAUGUAAAAUCUGAAGCCAAACAUGGAAGUGACACCAACAAAGUGCAGGAACAAUCGAAUACUUCUCCCUCUUGCCCUGCAGGAACUCCCACCACCACCACCAAGGAGAGGCUGAUGGAAGCCUUUGUGUCCAUCCAGCUGGAAAAAGUGGGUCUGCGUGACGAGAUGCUGAAUUCAUUUAUGAAGAAGAAGCAGGCCGUGGGGGGUCUAAUAAAAACCCCAGAGGAAUCUGCAAAGAUCAAAAGGAGGCUCAUAAUCGACUUUCUCAAGAAAUUCAGCACACAGAUAUCUCAGUAUUGUGUGAGAGCGCAGAUUGUUGCAUAUUGCAACAGUCUAACCUUGUUUUUGGACGACAUACCCUCAAUCCGUCAGUCGCACUUCAUGAUUGGGAAAACCAACGAGCCCAGAGCCAUUUUGGAUUCUGGAGUUGACCUUUGCCCUGACACCAGGACCUUUCCACAUCAGCCACAGCAGGUGUUGUCUGCAGACGGCAAAACUCUUCUCAACUUGUGGUUCAUCCCCCACUUCACUGAAGUGCUUCACAUGUUCAAAACACUGAAUGUUUCGGCAUGUGCCACAGCUCUCCAUCACACUCUGCAGAUAGUUUCAGCUCUUCAUGACAUAAUUUAUUACCUGAUAAGUUUCUCCAGACUGGGAAACACAGACGACUCCUGUAGCUACAGGAGAGGACAGGAAGUACCAGGCUCACUCGCAGCAGACUGGGGAGGCACUGAAGGCAUUGGAGCAGAGCUGCUGGAGCUCCAGAGUCAGGUCGACUGUCUGUCUGAUCCCAGCAGCCCAGAGUCUGUCGGCCGUCUGCUGCAGCUGCGCAGGCAGGUCCUCCUCCUGCAGUUUGAUACUGCUGUUAGACACCUCAUCAGGGAGGUGUUCCUCUCAUCUGGUGAUGUUGCUUCCUACCAGAGUGUGAGCGACAACAUGGCGACUGCCCUCACCCUGCUGAGUGACAGUAUCCAGACUGACGUGUUCAGCAUCACGCUGCCUGUUCCUCGACCUCUAGAGACUCGAGGCUGUCAGGCACAGCAAAUGUAUCCAUGGAGAAGCUUCAUAGCCUGUCAUGGAUUGUUCCCUCUGCAUGUGUGGGACAUCCCUCCCAUCGAAUACUGCAUGCAGCUGUGUCUGAGUGGUCUGAGUGAUCGGAGCAGACUGCAGGCAAACGCGGCGAUCCUCGGUGUGUCACUGCUCAUGGAGGACGUCCUGAACAGUGGAAGAGAGGCAGAGCCUGUCCGUCUCGAUGGCGACAAGGAUGGCCUUCUGCACGAUGGAAAACCUAAUAAAGGGGAUAAUCUCUGCAUGGAAGCUAAAGAAGAGAAUAAGAAGACUUGUGUGUCAGACGCCACUCUUCUACAGGAUCCAAUCAGAGUCCAGUCUGUGUUGAAAGGUUUCCUCCUGCUGACGAAGCAGCUUCAGGUGUUCAAGGAGAGCUGGGCCCGAAGACGUUUCGGCAAUCAAAUGUUCAGAGAGGCCAUUGUGUAUCAACAGUUUGUGAAACUCUACAGAGCUGAAAUAUUUAACCCCAGCAUGAGAGCUCUGGCUCAACAAAUGGGUAAGGAGCGUGACUACGAGGUCUUAAUUUCUGGCAGCCCGUCUCUCCUGCCCCCCCCUGGAGCUUCAGAGGUUGACGUGAAAGCCUGGCAGCUUCAGAGUCUGCUAGAGAGCACUGAGUGUGACAUGAUCAGAGCGGUGCAGAGGAAGACGAACAGAGAGCUGACCCUGGUGGUUUCAGAGCGAACUCGACAGGACUCAGGCCUCCCUACGGAGUUGUGGAAGAAAGUCCCACUGAAGUACAGUUUGUCCCCUGAGCGGCCGCAGAUUGUGGAGACUUUCAUCCAGCAGCUGAUGGAGGGAGCUGAAGAGGCAGAGGGACAGCUGACGGUCGCUCAGGAUCGCCUCCAGCAGUGUCUCACUCACCUCGGCUGUUCUCUGAUGGAGCGAGAGCGUCGCAGCUUCCUGCAGUACUCACAGUUUUAUGAACGAAUCCUGCAGCAGGAGACGCAGCUCCUGUAUCAGAGAGAACAGGAUUUAAACACUCUUAAGGACUUUCAGACAAGCAACUCUUUCAAAGAGGUGGUGGCCGAAUGUCGUGGGAUGAUGUUGGAGAUCUCAGCGCUGCAGGCCCGAGUCGCUCACCUGGAAGAACAGAAGAGCACUCUAGAAGAGCAACUCCGACUCAAAUUCAAAGAACGCUACGACCCUUUGGUCCGACACCUCUUCUCCACUUGCAUCCAGCUAACGGCCAAGCUUGACGAGCACCACAUGCAGAUGGAGCAGGAUGUGAGUGAGAUGGUAAACAGAAUAAGAGGCGAAGGAGUGGACCGAAUUAUCAAGCUCAAGAAGAAGUACGGCUGCACCAAAGACAAUGAUGGACUCUCACUCACACAGUUAAAGAAAGAAGAAGUCCAUGAGUUGAACCUGGAGAACAGCCGGCUGACGGCUCUGCUCUGCAAACUAAAGGCUCUGAGCCGCUGGAGGCAGCUGGUCGACCGAGAGAAACUUCAUCGACAGCUGCUUCAGACUCAGCAGAGGGAGAUUAUCUGUCGCGCUGAAGCUCUCAGAGUGAAGAUGACAUCGGAGGAGGAGGUAGUUUACCUGCAGGAGGAGCUGGAGGUCGCGAGGAAGGCGUUAUCCCGCUGUCAGGCCGAGUACAGUAGCACCAAGCAGCUGCUCAGCAGGAAGACAGAAGAGCUCCAGGUGGCCAGGUAUCAGUCUGCACAGGAGGCCCGCAGCAGGCAGGAGCUGGACAGCUAUCGAGUGCAGAGCCUGGAACAAAUGAAAGCAGACAUGGAGGACAGAGAAAGACAGCUCAGGGCGCUCAGCGAGCAGCUGGACAGAGGCAGCAGGAUGAACCAGAUACUCAGACAACGCAGUGCCAAAGAGAUCCGUCAGGUGAGGGGCCAGCUACAGCAGGAGCGAAGCCUCAAGCAAGAAGCCUUUCAGCAAGUGGACAGACUGCAGAACCAGGUGAACGACAUGGAACCUGCGUUCUCCGGAUGCACCUCUACAGCAGGGCAAAGCAGGACUUAUUACACGCUGUCAGCCAGCAGAUUGAGAACUAGAAGUCCCUCAGCAGGUCCACACGGAGUCAGUCAGCAGCUUGGCAGCCUCACAAACCACACCGCACUUCAGGACUUUGCUGCAGAGCCAAGACACCAGAGAGCAGAAACAGCCAGGAGCCGUUCUAACGCAAGAAUAGACAGACCUAAAGCAGAUCCGUCUCGCCUGCGUGCCCUGACUGCUGAGAUGUUGUUGCCAUCGCUGUGAGAUUUACCUCUGGGUAUUUUGUAAAGCACCACCAACUUUUAACAAGUUAGCUGCUGUUUGACAUGCAGUGUGUCCUGUGGUUGCCUUGUGGGCUGCUGAAUGUUGGUGUGCUGUUCAAUCUCAAGCUUCACUGUGUGUCAAACACAUUUAUGUUCUUUUCAAAGCUAAGACAUAAACCUCAGCAAGGCUUUGGCUUAUUUUCAUUCAACAAGGCCUUUUAUUAUCCAGAAUGUUUUAGAACAUCCUCCACCACAGUCAUGUACAAGUUUGUCUUCCCUUCACAGUGCAGCACCAUCAUACUACUUUGGUCCAUAUUUCAGUCUCACAUGACAUUUUUUCAUCUAUCAAUUGGAAAUUAAAUAUUGUAUUCGAUGUUAAUAAAACAGUAUACUGAGUCCAUGAA